UUUCUUUAACAGUGUAGAAAUGAGGUCACGGCUAAAUGUUUUGCUGAGAUUGAGCUGAUCAAAGGAGCAAUUUAUGUGACAGGAGUGAAUGACUAUCAAUGCCUGGGAUCACUAAUCAUGUAUCUGGAGAGAAGUAAUCUUCUAACAUCCCUGCUCAUUUCACAGAUUUUGUGUGUUAUCAAAACUCUUGAAGACGAAAUGGUUCCUGAUGAAUGGUCACUUCUCCAUGUAGUUCAAGGUCAUAUAGGAGCAGGUAAUUACAGCUAUUUAAGAUUAAACCAUGAUGGAAAGAUUAUUCUUCAUAUGGAGAGUCUUAAAGGUGAUGCUGACCUUUAUGUAUCUGACAAAACUUUGCACCCCAGUUUUGACAAUUAUAAACUGCAGUCAGCAACCUGUGGACAGGAUGUUGUGGUUGUACCUGUAGAAUUCUUGAGACCAGUUGGUAUAGGAAUAUAUGGCCAUCCAUCAUACCAUGAAAGUGAAUUUGAGGUGAAAGUCUACUGUGAUCGGACAGUUAAUGAAGAUCUUUUUUCAGCAACUUCAUACAUUGCUGAGGAUGUUGAGAAACAAAAGGCCUAUACUUUUCGGGAUGAGGAAAUGCAAGAAGAAGAAUCAGUUUUUUGGACCGUUUUCAUUGGAUUACUUAAAUUGGUGAUCGAAAUACUGUUUUAACAUCACAAAUGUUAAGAUAUUUUUUUAAACGAAAUGGGUGUUACAUAAUUGAUGUAAUGUACAAUAAAUUAAUACACUGUUAAAUUAA